GAGAGAGAGUCCCACCCCCAAAUUUGAUUAAUCAUCACUGAAUGCCCUUCCGGUUAGGUACAUGCCGUGCCGUGCCGUGUAAAAGCCCAAACAAACUAAUUCCUCUCUCUCUCUCUCUCUCUCUCUCUCUCUCUCUGAAUCUUGUGGACUCCAGAUGCUUGCGCCUCUUAUUAUAUAACUCACCGCUCUUUCGCUAUUCCCGUAGAAUCUCUGUUCUCUCAUGAUAUCUGGGUAAUCGAUCUUCCAGUUUAUUCUGGUGGUGGAUUUGUCCUGAGCGAGCUUCAAUGUCUUCUAUCCUAAGCUCUCAAGGUGUGGUCCUAGCAACGGCCAUGGCAGUUUCCGGCACCGUCAUUUUCCUCGCUCUUUCUCGCCAGAAGACCAAUUUUCCAUCUCCAAAUCUUUCCGGGAAUCACAAUUCCCAGCCUAGUUCGAGGCCAUUCCCGCGUUCUUGUUUAUGCUCAGGCAGGCAUCUUUUUUUUAAAAAAAUUUGGUGGGCAGAUGAAAGGAGAAGGGAGAGAAAGAAGAAGAAAGUUCGUUUUGCCGAGAAUGUGAAGGACCCAGUCGGAAAUGGGGAGGAGUUCAGAACGAGGAAAGAGCGAAGGAAAUCAGUGGAAGUAUGCAGAAAUUGCAGAACUGAAGAAAUUCCGGGAAUCGGAAGAAUGCCGGCGAAUCGGGUGGCUCUGUACAAUGGAAUUCUCAGGGAUCGUGUUCAUCGCAUUGAUUGUUCCUUUUGAUUUGAUGCUCCAUCGUUGUACAGCUCCAGUAAUGUACUCUGCUUUCCCUACCCCUCAAAAAAAAAAAAAGUACUCUGUUUCCCCCUUUUUUUGGGAAACGAAAUAAACAUCCGAUGUACAUUUUAAAUUUUAUUGGAUGUAAUUUUGCAAUUUUAUAAAUGCAUGCCUCGAGUUUAAUUUUAAUUUGAAAGAAAAAAUAAA